GGCCGGACAGAUGGUUCGAGUGAUCCCUAAUAUUUGACGUUUUUCUCGUUUUUCGUAGAACGGGCGCUUGCAUCGUCGUCUUUCGGUCAUCUUCUCCGGACUCCAUCUGCGUUCUGUGGUGCGGCUUACAAACAAAAGGAAGCGUUUUCGUUUGUCUAAAUUCGGUGUGAAAAAGCUGCAACAAUGGAGAUCGAUGAGGAAGAGUUCGAGCAGCCAACAUCCAGCAGCAGUCGCGGAGAGCGGAAGCGAUUCGAAGUGAAAAAGGUAUGGAAAAUAGUUGAAAGUUUGAUAUUCUGGAAAAAUAAUUGUAUAUUUCAUAAUUUUCAGUGGAACGCCGUAGCUCUGUGGGCCUGGGAUAUCGUGGUCGACAACUGCGCCAUUUGCCGCAAUCACAUUAUGGAUCUUUGCAUCGAAUGCCAGGCAAAUCAAGCAUCUGCCACUAGCGAAGAAUGCACUGUAGCCUGGGGUGUUUGUAACCACGCAUUCCAUUUCCACUGCAUCUCCCGUUGGCUGAAAACACGACAAGUCUGCCCGUUGGAUAACAGGGAAUGGGAAUUCCAAAAGUAUGGACACUAGACACCGGCAAUGCCUCGACAGAUCUGUAGCGAUCCAGCCCAAGAAAACAUUUUCUAUGCGAAUCAGUCAGUUAUAUAAUUUAAAUCCCCACUGCAUCAAAUACUUUUGAUUAUUCAAGUCAUGGAAAUUAAACUUUUUUACUUGCUUCAAGAAAAA